GUCUCUUUGCAAUCUCUCUUCUCACUACCCGUAGUUGUAGUUUUUCUUGAGUCGGAGGCACAAAAAUGUCGGAAAAUAGUGCUGAAAACUCAGAGGCGUCUAUAUCAAUGCGUGAUGUCCAGCUGUUAGUAUCAAAAAAAGAUGAUAUUGAGGAGCAGAUAAAGGCAUAUUAUAAUGUCCUGGAGGAUCAAAAGGGUAUUGGAAUGGAUGGACCACUUGUAGACAGAGAUGGAUACCCCAGAACAGAUGUAGACCUUUAUCAAGUUCGCACAGCAAGGCACAAUAUAAUAUGUUUGCAGAAUGAUCAUAAAGCUAUCAUGAUUGAUAUAGAAGAGGCAUUGCACAGUUUGCAUGCACGAGAGAAAAAAAAGCAAGAGAAGGACGAAGCUGAAGCUCAGGCAGAAGCACUGCGGCAACACCAGCCUUUGCCCUCUGCAUUUGCUAGAAUAGAUACAGUCACGCCUGGAUCACCUGCCAGUAUGUCAGGGCUUCAAGUUGGUGACGAGCUAAUUGAAUUUGGUUCAGUAAACACAAACAACUUCCAAUCACUACAAAAUAUUGCCACAGUGGUACAACACAGUGAAGGGAAGCCGUUGAGUGUAACAGUCGUCAGAGAUGGGAAAUCUGUUCAUCUGGGACUCACACCACAGCGAUGGAGUGGAAAAGGACUUUUAGGGUGCAACAUCAUUCCCUUAAAAAGAUGAAUGCAAUAGUAAAUGACAUAUUCCUGUGAGUUUUGGAUUGUUUAGAAAACCUUUUAUCCUAUUUCCUGGAUUAAAUUAAAUGGAGUGUUUAUUUUGCAGAAUCUCUGGGAUUGGUGGGCACAAUACAGUAUUGUUCUAUGAAGAUAGAUGGAUCUAGCAACAAUACUAUCUUGCUGUAAUCAUUCUGUUAUUUAAAUUAGCUUUUUUCUCCAAUUUCCAUUUUUGAAAUAAAAAUAUUGUUUUCUUUUCAUUA